AUGUAUUUGGUGCUGGAUUCUGCUUGCCGAAGCCUAGUUUUUGGCAUGCCUAUCACGAAAAUCCACGCUCGCCAGAUUUACGAUUCUCGCGGUAAUCCGACCGUUGAGGUAGAUCUCUACACUGAGAAAGGUGUUUUUCGUGCGGCAGUUCCGUCUGGAGCUUCAACAGGAGUGCACGAAGCCCUUGAGCUCCGUGACCAGGACAAGAAGGUCCAUCAUGGUAAAGGAGUUUUGAAAGCAGUCGCCAAUAUUAACGACAAGAUUGCUCCUGCUCUCAUUGCCAAGAACUUCUGUGUCACUCAACAACGGGACAUUGAUCAAUUCAUGCUCGCUCUCGAUGGAACAGAGAACAAGUCGAACCUUGGUGCCAACGCCAUCCUUGGUGUCUCACUUGCUGUGGCCAAGGCAGGGGCCGUUCACAAGGGUAUGCCUCUAUACAAAUACAUCGCUGAACUAGCCGGUGUCAGCAAGGUAAUUCUGCCUGUUCCUGCUUUCAAUGUUAUCAACGGUGUACGACUGUCUUCUACGUUCAUGAUUUUGCCAGUUGGUGCCACAAGUUUCCACGAGGCUAUGCGAAUGGGAUCAGAAGUGUACCACCAUCUCAAAGCUGAGAUCAAGAAGAGGUACGGUCUUGACGCUACUGCUGUCGGAGACGAAGGUGGUUUCGCUCCUAACAUUCAAGAUAAUAAGGAAGGUCUCGACCUCCUGAAAACUGCCAUCGAUCUAGCUGGGUAUACAGGAAAGAUCUCGAUAGGUAUGGAUGUUGCCGCCUCAGAGUUUUACAAACAAGGCAAAUACGACCUGGACUUCAAGAAUCCCAAGUCGGAUCCUAGCAAGUGGCUCACUGGAGAUCAGCUCGCUGCACUUUACCAAACCUUCAUUAAAGAAUACCCUGUUGUAUCAAUUGAGGACGCCUUCGAUCAAGAUGACUGGGACAACUGGGGCAAGUUGAAGGCUUCUACCAAUAUCCAACUUGUCGGAGACGACUUGACUGUUACCAAUCCAAAGCGUAUCCGUCUAGCUAUUGACAAGAAAAGUUGCAAUUGCCUGCUGCUAAAAGUGAAUCAGAUCGGCUCGGUCACUGAGUCCAUUGAAGCUGCCAAGCUCUCUCGCUCAAACGGCUGGGGUGUAAUGGUUUCUCAUCGAUCUGGAGAGACUGAGGACACCUUCAUUGCCGAUCUUGUCGUCGGUCUUGCUACUGGCCAGAUCAAAACUGGUGCACCAUGCCGCUCAGAGCGCUUGGCCAAGUACAACCAGCUGCUACGUAUUGAGGAAGAACUCGGAAAAGACGCAGUCUACGCUGGACAAAACUUCCGCAAUCCAGUUUAA